CACAGUGUGUCCCAGUGGAAAGUUCGGUAAAGCCUGCGCUGAGGCGUGUUUGUGCACCAACAACGGCACCUGUAACCCAAUCGACGGCUCCUGUCAGUGCUACCCUGGAUGGAUCGGCGAGGACUGCUCCAAACCGUGUCCUCAGGGCUCGUGGGGUCCAGACUGCAUCCACACAUGUAACUGUCACAACGGAGCUCAGUGCAGCGCCACAGACGGAGAGUGUAACUGCAGCCCUGGAUGGACGGGACUCUACUGUACUCAGCGCUGUCCCACAGGUUUCUACGGCGGCCAGUGUGCUGAAGUGUGUCGCUGUCAGAACGGCGCCGACUGCGACCACAUCAGCGGACAGUGUUCCUGCAGGACGGGGUUCAUCGGACAGAGCUGUGAGCUCAAGUGUCCUGCAGGGACGUUUGGUUACGGCUGCCAGCAGCUGUGUGAGUGCAUGAACAACGCCACCUGUGACUACGUGACGGGAACCUGUUACUGCAGCAUCGGCUUCAAAGGCAUCCGCUGUGACCAGGCGGCUCUGAUGAUGGAGGAGCUGAACCCGUACACUAAGAUCAGCCCGGCGCUGGCAUCAGAGCGCCAGUCGGCUGGCGCCGUCCUGGGCAUCAUCUUCCUGCUGCUGCUCAUCAUGGCCAUGCUCGGCCUGGUCGUCUGGUUCCGCUACCGGCAGAGAGAGAAAGGCCACCACGUGCCGAGCGUCACCUACACGCCUGCCCUGCACAUCAACUCCACAGACUACUCCCUCUCAGCAGGGCUGCAGUGUACAGGCCUGCUCUCCUCUCCAGACUCCUCUCCCAGUAACAGCUCUGUAGGACGCUGCUUCUCCAACACCAGCUACCGCACUCUGGGGCCGUGCACCUACGCUGCCCACUACGCCAAGCCGGACAAGAGGAGCUCCACCAAGAUGUUGAGAACCAACAGUGUUUACUGCAUCGACCGGCGCUUCAGUUACCACGUGGAGCCGCACUACAGAG